GGACCUGGACGCCACAGUUCGUUCAGUCGCUCGCCUGUUCAGACUGAGAACAAGAAAAUGACCCCCAGAAUUCUCCUUGGUUGCUUAUUGGUUGUUCUGCUACUUCCAGCUUCAAUUGAUGCCUGGUGUUUAUCGGGAGUAGUGUCCAGCGAUUACUGUAAGAGAGGCAGUAGCGAAAGGUGUCAGAGCCAAGUGAAGUAUGUGCGUUUUAAUCAACGGUUCAGAAAGACUCCUGUCGUAAUGACGGCAAUAUCGGCCUUUGAUAUUUGGAGAAGGGCAAAUAGUAGGCUGACAGUAUACCCUUCGAGCAUCAGCACUCAUGGCUUCAAUAUGAAUAUGAAAACCUGGGGCAACACUCAUCUGUACAGAGUCUCCGUCUCCUGGAUUGCAUGCCUCUAAACUGUUUUGAAUAUACAUGUAUGCUUAUAUUGAAAGCACUGAGCA